CUAAAUAUGGUUAGUUUCUUGUGGGGAAAUAAACGAUAGAAUGUGGUUUAAAUAUACGCUAGUGGCUUUGAUAGCUUUGCUUGGCAGUGUUAACUGCUUACCCGAAAGUCGAGUGGUAAAUGGCACUGCUACCGAUAUUACAAAAUAUCCUUUUGUCGUGUCAUUGCGUAGCGCCAGUGGUUCCCAUUCCUGUGGAGCUAGUAUUAUAGCUCCUCGUUGGAUUUUGACGGCAGCUCAUUGUGUCAGUGGACGCACGGCCAGUCAAAUGAGCGUACAAUAUGGUACCACUAAUAUUAGUGCCAAUGGCACAAAUAUUGCCAGCGUAAAACGUGUAAUCAUGCACGAAGGUUAUGCUCCUGCUAAGUCAUAUGCCAACGAUAUUGCUUUAUUGGAAUUGCAGAGUUCUUUAGUUUUCAAUUACAAGACAAUUGCUCCUGUUACUUUGCCCGAUUCAUACUUUGAAGUUCCUCAAACUAAAGAGGGUGCUCCUGGUGUUUUAGCUGGUUGGGGCUUAAAUGCGACUGGUGGUUACAUCCAAAGCCAUUUGCAAGAAGUAAACUUGAAAAUUUAUUCUGAUGCCGAGUGCAGUUCUAGACAUAAUGGUGCUACUAACUCCGAUCAUAUUUGUGGUGGAGUUGAUGAGGGUGGCAAGGGCCAAUGCUCUGGCGAUUCUGGUGGCCCAUUGUUCCACAAUGGCUCCAUACAAUUAGGUAUUGUUUCAUGGAGUGUUAAACCUUGUACUGUGGCUCCUUACCCUGGCGUUUACACCAAAGUUUCCCAUUAUAUCGACUGGAUUUACAAUCACAUGUAUUGAGAUUAUUAAAUGAAAAAAAAAAAAAAAUAAUAAUAAUAAAUACCUACUAAUAAACUA